UGGGGGGUGGGCACCAAGGGAAGGUCCUUCCUGCCUCCAGGGACCCAGACUUCUGCUUUCUGGGGACAGCAGCAGUCUCUGGGCUCUGGGAACCCACUGCUGUCUGGCCUAGAAGCAUCGUUGGACACCAGAAUUCCUUACUAAGGAGGCCGCAGAGGCUGAGCUGAUGAAGACGUGGUGGGACAAGGUCUCAACGCCACUGUUGUUGCUGCUUCUGGGUUUGCUCCACGUGUCCUGGGCCCAAAGCAGCUGCACUGGGCCCCCUGGCAUCCCCGGAAUCCCCGGCAUCCCUGGGGUCCCUGGCUCUGAUGGCCGACCUGGAACUCCAGGGAUGAAGGGGGAUAAAGGGCUUCCUGGACUAGCUGGAGACCAUGGUGAGUUUGGUGAGAAAGGAGACCCAGGGAUCCCUGGGAUUCCAGGCAAAGUUGGCCCCAAGGGUCCCGUUGGCCCUAAAGGAGCUCCAGGACCUCCUGGAGCCCGUGGUCCCAAAGGUGACUCUGGGGACUACAAGGCUACACAGAAAGUAGCCUUCUCCGCCCUGAGGACCAUCAACAGCCCCAUGCGACGGGACCAGGCCAUUCGCUUUGAGAAGGUGAUCACCAACGUGAACGAAAACUAUGAGCCUCGCAACGGCAAGUUCACCUGCAAAGUACCUGGCCUCUACUACUUCACCUACCAUGCCAGCUCCCGAGGGAAUCUGUGUGUGAACCUCGUGCGUGGCCAGGACCGGGAACACAUGCAGAGAAUACUCACCUUCUGUGACUAUGCCCAGAACACCUUCCAGGUCACCACAGGUGGUGUGGUCUUGAAGCUGGAGCAAGAUGAGAUCGUUCACCUGCAGGCCACAGACAAGAACUCCCUGCUGGGCAUCGAGGGCGCCAACAGCAUCUUCACUGGCUUCCUGCUUUUCCCUGACAUGGAUACAUGAGCACAGGGUCAAAUCACACCUACUCAUGACCAUCUCCUGCCUCCCUGCCAGCUAUCCUCCCUGGAC